AUGGCGGCGGAGAGGGAGCCCCCACCACUGGGGGAGGCGCGGGCCGCUGACUUCGAGGAGCUGGAGGACGGCGAGGACCUCUUCACCAGCACCGUGUCCACCCUGGAGUCAAGUCCUUCAUCUCCAGAGCCAGCAAGUCUUCCUGCAGAAGACCUCAGCACAAACUCCAAUGGUCCAAAGCCGGCAGAAAUCAUGCUAGAUGAUGACAGAGAAGACCUCUUUGCUGAAGCAACAGAAGAAGUUUCACUGGACAGUCCAGAGAGGGAUCCAAUACUUUCACCAGAACCUACUCCUGCAAUCACUCCUGUAACACCUACUACAUUAGUAGCUCCCAGAAUGGAAUCGAAAAGCAUAACAGCCCCUGUGAUUUUUGAUAGAUCCAGAGAAGAGAUUGAAGAGGAAGCAAAUGGAGAUUUGUUUGAUAUCGAAAUCAAUGUAUCAGACCCAGAGAAAGUUGGAGAUGGCAUGAAUGCUUAUAUGGCAUACAGAGUAACAACAAAGACUUCGCUUUCCAUGUUCAACAAAAAUGAAUUCUCUGUUAAAAGAAGAUUCAGUGAUUUUCUUGGCUUGCACAGCAAAUUAGCAACAAAGUACAUGCAUAUUGGUUACAUUGUGCCUCCGGCUCCAGAAAAAAGUAUUGUAGGCAUGACCAAGGUUAAAGUAGGCAAGGAAGAUUCUUCAUCUACUGAAUUUGUAGAGAAAAGAAGAGCAGCUCUAGAAAGGUAUCUUCAACGAACAGUAAAACACCCAACCUUGUUACAGGAUCCAGAUUUAAGACAGUUCUUGGAAAGUUCCGAGCUGCCGAGAGCGGUUAACACCCAGGCUUUGAGUGGAGCAGGAAUAUUGAGGAUGGUGAACAAGGCUGCCGACGCUGUCAACAAAAUGACAAUCAAGAUGAAUGAAUCGGAUGCAUGGUUUGAAGAAAAACAGCAGCAAUUUGAGAAUCUGGAUCAGCAACUUAGGAAACUUCAUGCCAGUGUUGAAGCAUUAGUCUGCCACAGAAAAGAGCUUUCAGCCAACACAGCUGCCUUUGCUAAAAGUGCUGCCAUGUUAGGUAACUCUGAGGACCACACUGCUCUAUCUAGAGCUUUGUCUCAGCUUGCAGAGGUUGAGGAGAAGAUAGAUCAAUUGCAUCAAGAACAAGCUUUUGCUGAUUUCUAUGUGUUCUCAGAACUGCUUGGUGAUUACAUUCGUCUCAUUGCUGCAGUAAAAGGUGUGUUUGAUCAUCGAAUGAAAUGCUGGCAGAAGUGGCAGGAUGCUCAGGUCACUUUACAAAAAAAACGUGAAGCUGAAGCAAAGCUCCAACUUGCAAACAAACCUGAUAAAUUGCAGCAAGCUAAAGAUGAGAUAAAAGAGUGGGAGACAAAAGUUCAGCAAGGGGAAAAAGAUUUUGAACAGAUCUCCAAAACCAUUCGCAAGGAGGUGGGAAGAUUUGAGAAGGAACGAGUGAAAGACUUUAAAACUGUUAUUAUCAAGUACUUAGAGUCGUUAGUGCAAACACAACAGCAGCUAAUAAAAUACUGGGAGGCAUUCCUACCUGAAGCCAAAGCCAUCGCCUAAAAGAAGAAUAUUCCAAUGACAAGACACUCUGGAUAUUUGUCCUGGAUAAAACUAAAUUCCACAGUGAAAUCACUUUAAAUCAUCCAAAUAAACCACUAUCUAUUUUAUGAAUUAACAUGUGGCUUUUUUUAUAUACUACAGCAUUUUAUUAACAAGCUGCAUGUCCUGACCCUCUUUGAAGUGGACUGUGGCAUGAUGUUCUGCAAUACAUUGCUGAAUUGAACACUAUUGUGUCUUAAUACUUGCACUGAAACGUGCACUGCAAGGCCAGAAAGCUGAUAUUUUUGUUCUUUACAAUACAAUGUUCUGUAGUAUGUUUACCUGAUCUUUAUGAAAUAAAUUUAAUUGCAUUGAUUAAUGUUCACUUAAACAUUCCUGUACAAAAUCAUGUUUUUGUGAUUACAAUAAUAAAGGGAUGUACUGUGUGAAACA